GGGGUGGCCAUUGGUAGGGGCAUCAACGGUCAAGACGGCCAUUGUCACUAGCGGGGCAACGGUGUCACUAUUGGGUUGGUCAUUGGGGUAAGGUGAUCAGUGAGGUCAGGUGGUAGCUGGGGUCGGGAUGUCACUGGAAUGUAAUUAGUGACCAUGGUGUGAUCUGUGAGCGUUUUGUAACUGUGAUAUUGGUCACUCAAGAAUGAAUAUAAUCACUAGGAAUGUCAUUGAUCACUCUGAAAUAGAAUCAGUGUAAAGUUGGUCACCGUGACAUUUGUCACGGUAGCGGAUCUGUUGUCCUUAAUAAGGGCAUAAUAGUUUUCUUAGUCUUUUUUAGACACAUUUUUGUAAUUUCUAAAAAUGUCAUUUUUUUGUCCUGUAGUUAAUUUUUAGUAAUAUUCGUGUCGUACUCGGAAGAUUAUUAAGUGAUGACUGUCUAGUGCCUACCGAUCACACUUUUAUUAAAUUAAAAUGAUUAUUUUAAUUUAAUAUAGAGAAAGUGUUGUGUAUGAAAAAUGAAAUGGAAGAGAGAGAUAGAGGUAAAUUGUAGACGAUGUCUAUGACAACGUACAUAAAUAGACUUUACACGGGAAUCGAGAAGCAAAAGUGGAUGAAAAAUGGUUUAGAAGUGAUAUAAAAAAUUGAAAAUUAAAAUAAUUAUGAAGAUAUGUAGGUCCCAUACAUAAAAUUUGUGAGAUAAAAAAUGGGAGCUAAGGUUUAAGAUUUUGUAAGAGAAUAGACAUUCCGAUCCCAUCCGUCAACGAUAACUAACUCCUUCCGCGUACACAACCGCUACUCACUCUCGAUCUCCCCCUUGCCAACGCAAAACCCGCGUAGACAGCAAUAUCGGAAGCAACGGAGUAGCAAAGGAAAAAAGGAAUUACCGAUCAAAAACCUGUCUGCUUUCAAUUUGUCGUCGAAUUCAUUUUCAAACUAAUCCUGAUAUACAUUUCACGGUCACGGUUUCUAGCACAACUACUUGACUCUCUCCCAGAAUUUUGUUUUCCAUUAUUUAUGCGUAUUCCCAUGGUUGGAGAUGGCCAAGUUUCUGUUUUCCCAUCCGAGCAAAAGUAUUAUUAGCAUAUGGAUGAUCACAACAAAGAUUCGACCUUUCACAGGCCGACCCAACACAUUGAAAUGGGAUCAUUAGAUGGAAGAGCUGUACUUGAGCUCCAGGAUGAGAGCCUUGCCAGCCCAGGGCAUGUUAACAUGAAGCCAGCAUGCCUGGAUGCUUCUCCUCGCAGAUUCUACUUUAAAACCAAUUCUGAUGAUCUCAGUUGUAAAUGUAUAUUGAAUAUGGUGUUAGCCAGCAUUAAACUCGUACUGUUAUCCAAAAAAUUGAAUAUUCUGAUACCUUGUGGCCCACUGGCAGUUCUUGUUGAUAAGUUUUCUAAUCACCAUGGGUGGAUCUUCUUCUUAAGCUUGUUAGGCAUCAUACCACUCGCGGAGCGUUUAGGUUGGACGACAGAGCAGAUGGCUUUUUAUACUGGUCCUACAGUUGGAGGUCUUCUAAAUGCCACCUUUGGAAAUGCAACAGAGUUGAUAAUUUCAAUGUAUGCACUUAAUAGUGGGAUGAUGCGAGUUGUUCAGCAGUCACUUUUGGGCUCAAUUCUGUCGAACAUGUUACUGGUUCUUGGAUGUGCAUUUUUUGCUGGAGGAAUUGUUCAUCCUAACAAAGAGCAGGUUUUCAACAAGGGAACUGCAGUUAUGAAUUCUGGGUUGCUUUUGAUGGCUGUAAUGGGACUGAUGUUACCUGCUGUCCUCCAUUUUACACACACUGAGUUACACUUUGGAAAAUCAGAACUGGCACUCUCAAGGUUUAGUAGCUGUGUGAUGCUUGUCGCAUAUGUUGCCUAUCUUUUCUUCCAGCUCACUAGCGAAAAGAGUCUUUAUGUGCCCAUUGCAGAGGAAGGGAGUCAAAAUGAUGGUGACCUUGAUGAUGAUGAUGAGGCUCCUGAGAUAUCAAUGUGGUCAUCAAUCAUAUGGCUUUCUAUCUUGACAGCAUGGAUAGCUCUUCUAUCUGAGUACCUUGUCAAUGCUAUAGAGGGAGCAUCUGCUGCAAUGAGCAUCCCAGUUUCAUUUAUAAGUGUGAUCCUGCUCCCUAUUGUUGGCAAUGCUGCAGAACAUGCUGGUGCUGUCAUGUUUGCUGUGAAAGACAAGCUUGACAUCUCUUUGGGAGUAGCCAUUGGAUCUUCUACGCAGAUAGCCAUGUUUGGCAUCCCUUUCUGCGUGGUUGUUGGGUGGAUAAUGGGGCGUCCAAUGAACUUGGACUUCCAACUUUUUGAAACUGCCACCCUUUUUAUGAGUGUCAUUGUAGUUGCCUUCAUGCUGCAGGAAGGAACUUCGAAUUACUUUAAAGGACUGAUGCUCCUCUUAUGUUAUCUGAUAGUAGCCGCAAGUUUCUAUGUACAUAUGGAUCCCAAGUCUAUACAGGAUAAGCCAAUUGGGACAUAGCCAGCCGGAUCUGCAGAAGAAGCUGUAGCCAUAAGCAUAUCACGCCUACUAAUUUUGAAGAGUUAUUUGUGCUGCCCAGAUUGACUGCUAGAUGUGAAUUCCACCAAGUUCUUUGCUAUAUAUCAUCUACAAAAGGUAGCUGGUGGAUGUAUAGUUUUAUUAUUCCUUUUCUGGAAAUUUUGUUCAACACUAGUUUUUUAGUUAUAAACGAGCUGUUUUUCUCCGCCAUUUUUUGGAUGGGGUUGUAUUUCAAAAAGUCCGGAAAUAGCAAUCAAUAUUGUUGUACUUGGAGUUGUGGAGUAAUUAAUCCUCUGCACAGUUAUUGCUCUCAUUGUUCAUUGUACAUGUUACCAAGUUUCUCAAAACGGUCACCGUUAUUGAUCAUCCCUGAAAAAAUGCAACCUUUAUACAUUACCUUCUUUAAUUUAUUUGGAC